AUGGCCCAACAAAAUGGAGAAUCUUCUCGCGCAGGAGCUGCGGCCGCAGCAACCACAGCGCGACGCCCGCAUGAGGAAGACAACAUGGCCGAACCAAGCUUUCUGUCAUCUCUUCUGAAAGAGGUUGAAGAAGCCUCGACCCCGACACACGGUGCGUCACAUGGCCCAUCUGCAUCCACAUCCAACGCGCCCACCGAUCAUCUCACACCCGGGCCCUCAUCUCCAUCUAUCUCACCCGCUUCGUCCAACCAUUCCUCUCCUCGGCUCUCAUCCACCACCCCACCUCCUUUCUCUCGCAGUCGACCGAUCUCUCCUAUACAGCUUUCUUCCCCAGUGGAGUCCUCCCCGCCCUUCUCCCCGGAAGUAUCAUUUUCUGGCACACCCACUGGUUCGCCAGCACCAAAGACUUCUCCUGAAAAUGAGCAUACAAUACUACAUCGCCCAACAAUACGCCCCCGCUCCCGCAUCACCCGUCGGGCUCUCGAGAUGGCCCACUCACGCUCACCGGAGAGUUCUCCCAGCCGCCCCGGUCCCUCCCUCGCCGUCAAGUCCACCAUCCAGAAGAUGGUCGGCGCAGCCCUAAAACCGCAUUAUCGCAGCCAUACUCUUACGAAGGAUCAGUUCACCGAUAUUAACCGCACUAUAUCUCGUCAGUUAUACGAACGCGUUGGGAACGCCGAUUCUCUUGAUGAGGCAUCUGGCGCAGAGAUCGGACAAGCUGCCAAACUUGAGGUUCAGAAGACCAUUGACAGCCUGUCUGGGAAUAAAGACAAACAUCCUAUGGUGACCUCUGAUAGCGAUGGCGAUGUACAAUGA